AUGUUAGAAUUUCUUGUGUAUUGUUUAUUUGCAUCACUUAUACUCGUAGCUUUUGUGGAGCUUUUUAUAUUUUGUAAAAGAGACGAAUUUAAUGAAAGGCGAUCAAAACUACUGAAGUCAAUCAAAGCUGUCAUAUUUAAAAGCAAAGGUAUCGAGUUGCUCCAAAAACCACUUUCUAGAUCGUCGAAUGAAACUGGCUCAAUCCACCUAGUCGAAGCA